AUGCCGCCUGAACGCCCAAAUGCACCGGUGAAGCUGUCCCUGCCUUUGCAAUACCAGCAGGACAUCUUCACCGAACUCCGCUCAGAGGAUGAGUUGGUCAUCCUUGCCCGCGGCCUUGGGCUCCUCCGUUUGAUAACGAACCUACUGCACUUUUACGAUGCUGCUGGAAAUAAUCUAGUUUUACUAGUCGGGGCCAAUGACCGGGAAAACGAAUGGAUCGGGGAAGCACUGGCGGAGCAUUAUGCUAUCAGCAAGUCUCCCCUUGCCCGGGGACUCAAGGUCAUUAACACUGAGAGGGCCACGGUGCCAGUGAGAGAGAAAAUAUAUGCCGAAGGUGGCAUCCUGAGCGUCACGUCUCGAAUACUCGUGGUGGACUUGCUGUCAAAGCUGCUCGAUCCUGAAAAGAUUACUGGACUGGUUGUACUCCAUGCCGACAGGAUUGUUACGACCUCAACCGAAGCAUUCAUUAUUCGGAUUUAUCGACAUGCCAACAAAAAUGGCUUCUUAAAGGCCUUUUCGGAUUCUCCAGAGCCAUUCGCUACAGGCUUUGCUCCCUUGGCUACUUCGCUAAGGAACUUGUUCCUGCGGAAAGCAUCGUUAUGGCCACGAUUUCACGUUACCGUUGCCGAAGCCCUAGAAGGCCAUAGGAAAGCGGAAGUCAUUGAGCUGGAGAUUCCUAUGAGUGACAAGAUGCGUGAAAUACAAAACGCUGUACUCGAGUGUGUGGAGCUCUGUAUCGGAGAGCUCAAGAAGGCCAACACAGGCCUGGAUAUGACAGAUUGGACUCUGGACAGUGCGUUGCACAGGAGCUUUGACAUUGCGAUCAGGCGCCAACUUGAUCCAAUGUGGCAUCGUGUAAGUUUCAGGACUAGGCAAAUUGUCAGCGACCUCAGUGAUCUUAGGGCGAUUUUGCAGUAUGUUGAAGCCCAACCCUCUAAACCUUCUGAGUUUCCCUUACCAAUAAUCAUCAGUGCCCUACUUACUUACGACGCUGUCUCCUUCGUCAAAUAUCUUGAUACUAUAGUCACUGCAAACUCCCCACCCCCUGGGUCUACGAGGCAUAACUAUUCGCCAUGGCUUUUCUUAGAUGCGGCUCAUGUCCUCUUUCAGACUGCAAAGUCGAGAGUGUAUGAAGGGAAAAUAACCAAUGAUUUGGCUCGCUCAUCCUUGACCUCAUUGCCUACCACUCUUCGGCCUGUACUGGAGGAACAACCGAAAUGGGAUGUUUUGGCCGAUAUACUUGAGGAAAUUGAAACGGAUGCAUAUUUCAACCCUGUCAGUGCAGAUGAGUCAAACAGUACGGUACUGAUCAUGUGCUCCGAUCAACGAGUCUGCCGGCAGAUUCGCGAGUAUCUGGGAACGAUGCACACCCGAUUAGAAAACGAGAGACCGGAAAACGCGGACAGCGAUGAAUCUAGUCAAGAAAAGGCACGCUCGGCGAAUGUGAUGCUGCGCAGACGACUCAGGGAGUAUAUUGGUUGGAAAAGCUCCUUGUCCAACGUCAAUAAGAAUCUAUCCACAAAGUCGCCGAACGGAGAACCCCUGGCCGCAAAGGGCCAGGAUUCACCCCGACCUUCAGCCCAACAAGGCAGACCACCUCCUAACAAACGGCGCCGGGUCCGCGGUGGGGGUACGGGCGCUGUGACUCCUACUCCUGGACGUGCACCAAAUACCAGUGUACAGAUGGAUGUUGAAGCUUCAGAUCAGAUGUCCAGUCUUUUGAACGAGAUCCAGCCCACAGAGGCUGAGGAGACCCAAAAGGAGGAGAUCGUUAUCGAUGACUUUGAGGAUAUGGAUGAAUUUUACGAGCUAUAUGAUAUGGAUGACUUGGUGAUGGUCCACCCCUACGAUGGUGACAUGGAUGAGCAUAUCCUCGAGGAAGUACGGCCACGGUAUAUCAUAAUGUACGAACCCGAUUCCGCAUUCAUUCGGCGAGUUGAAGUAUACCGCAGCUCUCAUAUUGGAAGGAAUGUACGGGUGUACUUUAUGUAUUAUGGAGGAUCCGUAGAGGAGCAACGUUAUCUGAGUGCAGUGCGACGAGAGAAAGAUUCGUUUACCAAGCUCAUCAAAGAGAAAAGCACUAUGGCCGUCACCAUCACACACGACAGAAGCCUCGAAGACCCCCAAGAGCAGUUCCUUCGAACAGUGAACACGCGAAUCGCCGGAGGCGGCCGACUGACAGCCACAGCAUCACCCCCUCGAGUUGUUGUAGACGUCCGAGAGUUCAGAAGUGCUCUCCCCUCCCUCCUACACGGGAACAACAUGAUCAUCGUCCCCUGCCAACUCACAGUAGGCGACUAUAUCCUUACCCCGGACAUCUGUGUCGAACGCAAGUCUGUGCGAGAUUUGAUCGCCUCCCUCCGAAACGGCCGUCUCUACAACCAAGCAGAGACCAUGCUCCAACACUAUAAAACCCCGCUCCUCCUAAUCGAAUUCGACGAACACAAAUCCUUCACCUUCGACGCCUUCACCUCCGCCACAACCCCCGGCACCGCCUUUCUCACAGACUACAGCUUUUCCUCCUCAGGCACAGUCACUACCUCCGUAUCCUCCAGCAGCUCCCUCGUGAACCCCUCUAGCCCCAAAUCCGCCCAACACCUGCUCGUCCUCCUCACGCUCGCCUUCCCCCGCCUAAAGGUCAUCUGGUCAUCCUCUCCCUACCAAACCGCCGAGAUCUUCGCCGAGCUCAAGAAAAGCAAUCCCGAGCCGGACCCCGUGCGCGCGGUGCAGAUCGGCCUCGAUAUGGAUAUCUCCGCGUCUGCCGGCGCCGAUGAUAUCAUGACUGCGGCUGGAGUCGAGCAUAGGGUCUUCAAUCUCCUGCCGCAGGAUAUGUUACGUGCUGUUCCCGGGGUGACGCCUCAGGUGCUCCAGCGGCUGAUUGGCGAGAUUGGGAAUAUCUCCGAGCUUGCGAAUAUGGACAUUGACCAGCUGAAUCCGCUUGUUGGCAUCGAGACGGCUCGGAAGAUCGUGGGGUUCUUCCGAAAGAGUGUGUUUGAUCAAGGUUAA